ACAGGUACCCAUAAGAUAUUGGACAUACAGGGAUCCAGGAUCCAUUAAGACUCUGUCACCUUGAGCCAAGGAUUUAUUUGAUACUCCUCUCCAUCUUUUAUUCAUAUCAAUUAACACAUUUCAAAAAAGAAUUAACACAUUUACCGUCAGGGAAUUUAAAACAAAAAUUGUUCUACCCCCACUUUCCAAUGCCGAAGAAUAGCAAGGUGGUAAAAAGAGAAUUAGACGAUGAAGUUAUUGAGUCUGUUAAAGACCUUCUUUCCAAUGAAGACUCAGCUGAUGAUGCUUUUAAGAAGAGUGAACUAAUUGUUGAUGUUCAAGAAGAGAAAGAUAUAGAUGCUGAAGACGAGUCCGAAGUCGAGGAUGAAAGGCCAGCUUGGAACAGUAAGCUACAGUACAUCUUGGCCCAAGUUGGAUUUUCUGUAGGUUUAGGAAAUGUGUGGCGAUUCCCAUACCUAUGUCAGAAGAAUGGAGGCGGUGCAUAUCUUUUGCCAUAUUUAAUACUGCUACUGGUAAUAGGUAUUCCCCUUUUUUUCCUGGAACUCUCUGUGGGUCAAAGAAUUCGGCGAGGAAGCAUUGGUGUGUGGAAUUACAUAAGCCCUAAACUGGGUGGCAUUGGAUUUGCAAGUUGUGUAGUGUGCUUUUUUGUGGCUCUCUACUACAAUGUCAUCAUUGGCUGGAGUCUGUUUUAUUUUUCUCAGUCUUUUCAGCAACCUCUUCCUUGGGAUCAAUGUCCUUUGGUGAAAAAUGCUUCACACACUUUUGUAGAGCCGGAAUGUGAAAAAAGUUCUGCCACCACCUAUUACUGGUACAGGGAAGCCCUGAAUAUUUCCAGUUCCAUUUCUGAAAGUGGAGGCUUAAACUGGAAGAUGACCGUCUGCUUGCUGGCUGCCUGGGUUGUGGUUUGCUUGGCUAUGAUCAAAGGCAUUCAGUCUUCUGGCAAAAUCAUGUACUUUAGUUCUCUGUUCCCAUAUGUGGUACUUAUAUGCUUCCUAAUCAGAGCGCUCCUUUUAAAUGGUUCAAUUGAUGGCAUCCGCCACAUGUUUACCCCUAAGCUUGAAAUGAUGCUGGAACCCAAGGUCUGGAGAGAAGCUGCUACUCAGGUGUUCUUUGCCUUAGGUCUGGGAUUUGGUGGCGUCAUCGCCUUUUCAAGCUACAACAAAAGAGACAACAACUGCCACUUUGAUGCUGUUCUGGUGUCCUUCAUUAAUUUUUUUACAUCCGUCCUGGCAACAUUGGUGGUGUUUGCAGUUCUGGGCUUUAAAGCAAAUGUCAUAAAUGAGAAAUGCAUAGCAGAAAAUUCCAAAAUGAUCGUAAAAUUUUUGAAAAUGGGCAAUAUUAGCAAGGAUAUUAUUCCUCAUCAUAUCAACCUUUCAUCCGUUACUGCAGAAGAUUAUCAUUUAGUUUAUGACAUCAUUCAAAAAGUGAAAGAAGAAGAAUUUCCUGCUCUUCAUCUCAAUUCCUGUCAAAUCGAGGAUGAGCUAAAUAAAGCUGUUCAAGGGACUGGUUUAGCUUUCAUUGCCUUUACAGAAGCCAUGACACAUUUCCCUGCCUCCCCCUUCUGGUCAGUGAUGUUCUUCCUCAUGCUGGUAAAUCUAGGGCUUGGUAGCAUGUUUGGAACCAUUGAAGGGAUCAUCACGCCUGUUGUGGACACUUUCAAAAUGAGGAAAGAAAUUCUUACUGUUAUCUGUUGUCUUCUGGCAUUUUGUAUCGGCCUGAUAUUUGUGCAACGCUCUGGAAAUUACUUCGUUACAAUGUUUGAUGAUUAUUCUGCUACACUGCCUCUGCUAAUUGUAGUUAUUUUGGAGAAUAUUGCUGUAUCCUUUGUUUAUGGCAUAGAUAAAUUUGUGGAAGACCUGAAAGAUAUGCUGGGCUUUGCUCCCAAUAGAUACUACUACUAUAUGUGGAAAUAUAUUUCUCCUCUAAUGCUAUUAUCACUGCUAAUAGCCAGCGUUGUGAAUAUGGGAUUAAGUCCUCCUGGCUAUAAUGCAUGGAUUGAAGAUAAGGCAUCUGAAGAAUUUCUGAGCUAUCCAACAUGGGGACUAGUUGUCUGUAUCUUGCUGAUGGUCCUGGCAAUACUCCCCGUCCCAGCCGUCUUUGUCAUUCGUCACUGCAACCUAAUAGACAAUAGUUCUGGUAAUUUAGCAUCUGUGACCUAUAAGAGAGGAAGGGUCCUGAAAGAGCCUGUAAACUUAGAGGGAGAUGAUGCAAGCCUCAUUCAUGGGAAGAUAUCCAGCGAGAUGUCAUCUCCAAAUUUUGGUAAAAAUAUUUACCGAAAACAGAGUGGAUCACCUACUCUGGAUACUGCUCCCAAUGGACGAUAUGGAAUAGGGUACUUGAUGGCAGAUAUGCCGGAUAUGCCAGAAUCUGACUUGUAGCUGGGAGGAAAAUAUCAGUGGGCUUUAUUUGGUUCAUUUUUAUCAAUGAACAUUGGCUCUACUAAGAGAAGCAUUAGGCUUCACUUACCAGAGGGCGAUCUCAGGUGUUCCUUGGCUGUGAUCUUUAAUCCUAAGUACAUGUACAUUCAACUAGAGCAUUCCUUCGGAUUCUUCGGUUUACAUUUGUGCAGAAAGAGUUGCAGACAGAGCUUAUAGUGACUGAGGUCCAAACUUGUCAGAAUUUUUAAAAAUACUUCUGGUGUUUUUUCAAGCAUUUCUAUCUCAAAAGAAAAAAAAA